GAGGCAGUUUGCUGACAAUUUUACCACGUGCUUUUUAGUAGCCUACUAAAUACCUCAAGGUUCUCUGUUAAGUUCGGUCAAGGGGGGGGGCACUUCAUUUGGCCGGUCAUAAAAAAAAACGGUGACAUCCAUUUCCUCCGCGUUUGGCCUGUGCUUUUUCAUCCAGGAGCAUUGCUUGCAGGCUGCCAAAGGUUGUGAUCAGUUGUAACUUGUAAGUAGAGACGAUGCAUAUAUUUUUCUCAACUUUCAUAUCCAUUUGCGUUCUGCAAACAUAAGUAUGUGGAUAUACAUUUCAGACGCGUUUUGGAAGACCAUUUGGAGAACUAGGGAGGAGCGGGUGGUUUAGGCCAAUGCGACAGGGUGAAGUCUCCAAUAAUGAGCAUGAGAAUCUGAAAAAGGAAAUGGAAGAGAUGCAUAAUGGUACGCGUAAUGAUGCCACGUAUAAUGGACAUUUGCCAUUGGUUAGCCAACUCACCGCGGUUGCUUCCAUCUUCAAACAGACAUCCCUUCCAGGCCAGAUCAAUGACUCUCGUCAAAAGAAUGCCAAAGCGUUCUGGAAGAGCUUUUUGCUACGAAGAAGAUCUGAGUUAUUGUCUAUAAUACCUAUAAGACACAAUGAGAUCAACCAGCAGAUGUGUCGCGCGUUACCAACGUCACAGAGGGUUCAUCAUGACGACUGCGAGACCCUGGUGCUGGAAGACAACAUUUGCUUUGGGAAAUGUAGUUGUCCAGAGCGCAAUACCAACAGCGAAGACGGAGACCACGCUUCUUGCGUUCACUGCUCACCAGUCAAAUUGACCAAGUCUGUGCAGUUGAAAUGCAAGAACAACACUCAGGUAACUAAAGUGGUGACGGUGUUGGAGGACUGUCAGUGCAAAUUGAAGAAAGGACUGUGCUCCCACAGCCGCCAAGGACCCUCUCUUUUUGAUCCAAUCUUAAUUUGAAACAUACCAUGAAGGAAAUUCAGUAUGGAUGUGUAACCUGGUCUCAGAGCAUUUCAUAUUAUUCUGUACAAAAAUCAGAGACACUCCAUUUAUAGGUUACGUUUUGCAUGGU